UUGUGGGUCCCUUCCGGAUUCUGCCUCUGUUUCCCCACCGAGUCCCGUGGGAGGAGGUAUGGGCGGGCUAGACGCCUUGGAAAGCACCUUCCCCUUCUUCCUCGCCUCCGCACUCCGUGCGCGCGUCCCUACCAGCCAGUGACUGGAGGCACAGCCGGGCGGUGUCACCGGGUCAGCGGAGGCAGCCGCGUCCCAGGCUGGGCGCUCGCCGCAGUCCGGCGCUCCGCGGCAGCGGGAUCCUCCUGGCUGCCCGGUGCUCGCGCUCGCGCCCGGGUCUGCACGGCUGCUCUCCAGCUCAUGCCCUUUGGAGCCGCGCGCCCCGGGACUGCGGCAGCGCACACAGAGUGCUCAGCUGGCUGCGGGGCAGCGGGAGGCGGCGGAGGCCAGAGUGAGCUGGAGGCAUGGGCCAGGCGGCCUGGAAGGGGUUCGUGCUGUCUCUGUUCGACUACAAGACCGCAAAGUUCGUGGUCGCCAAGAGCAAGAAGGUGGGGCUGCUCUACCGGGUGUUGCAGCUCACCAUCCUGUUGUACUUACUCAUUUGGGUGUUUCUGAUAAAGAAGAGUUAUCAGGACAUUGACACUUCCCUGCAGAGUGCUGUGGUCACCAAAGUCAAGGGGGUGGCCUACACCAACACCACCAUGCUCGGCGAGCGGCUCUGGGAUGUGGCGGACUUUGUCAUUCCAUCUCAGGGGGAGAACGUUUUCUUCGUGGUCACCAACCUGAUCGUGACUCCUAACCAGCGGCAGGGCAUCUGUGCUGAGCGGGAAGGCAUCCCUGAUGGCGAGUGUUCUGAGGACACUGACUGCCACGCGGGGGAGUCUGUUGUUGCUGGACAUGGACUGAAAACUGGUCGUUGUCUACGGGUGGGGAACUCUACCCGGGGCACCUGUGAGAUCUUCGCUUGGUGCCCAGUGGAGACAAAGUCCAUGCCGACGGAUCCUCUCCUGAAGGAUGCAGAAGGCUUCACCAUUUUCAUAAAGAACUUCAUUCGCUUCCCCAAGUUCAACUUCUCCAAAGCCAAUGUGCUAGAAACAGACAACAAACAUUUCCUGAAAACCUGUCACUUCAGCUCCACGAACCUCUACUGUCCCAUCUUCCGACUGGGGACCAUUGUCCGCUGGGCAGGGGCUGAUUUCCAGGACAUAGCCUUGAAGGGUGGUGUGAUAGGAAUCCAUAUCGAAUGGGACUGUGACCUUGAUAAAGCUGCCUCUAACUGCAACCCACACUAUUAUUUCAACCGCUUGGACAACAAACACACACAAUCCAUCUCCUCUGGGUACAAUUUCAGGUUUGCCAGGUAUUACCGUGACCCUAAUGGAGUAGAGUUCCGAGACCUGAUGAAAGCCUACGGCAUCCGCUUUGAUGUGAUAGUUAAUGGCAAGGCAGGAAAAUUCAGCAUCAUCCCCACAGUCAUCAACAUUGGCUCUGGGCUGGCGCUCAUGGGUGCUGGAGCUUUCUUCUGCGACCUGGUACUUAUCUACCUCAUCAGAAAGAGCGAGUUUUACCGAGAUAAAAAGUUUGAGAAAGUGAGGGGUCUUAAGGAGGAGGCCAAUGUUGAGGUUGAGGCCAACGAGAUGGAGCAGCAGCUGGCAGAGGCCAUGCCACUGGAGAGGGUCCAUCAGGAUGAGCAGUCCCAAGAACUGGCCCAGAGCGACAGGAAGCAGAACAGCAACUGCCAGGAGCUUUUCCAGCCUGCCAGGUCUGGCCUCCAGGAGAACGCCAUCGUGAACAUGAAGCAGUCACAGAUCUUGCAAACAGUGAAGACGUAGCCAGAGCUCUUGGCAGAGAACAGAUUCAAAGAUGAUUGGGCCAGGACAGGCCACAGCUCUGAACUGGGGAUAACUAUCUCUGUGGUGCCUGCUCAGGAUGAGGCUUCUGAGAACAGGCCCCUCAACUCCACCCAGCUAGUGUGGGAUCCUCCUGCAAGCUUUGUUUCAUGGAAGGCCUCCUGGUGGCCAAAGUGGCUCAGGAUGCAGGAAGGGGGCCCUGGGGCAGGCCCCCAGGGAAGGGGCAGGCCUGGGGUUUCAGUGGUUGGCUUCUGUUCCUGACUCUGAGCCCAGCUGGACAAGCAUUUAUUUAUACAGGCAGUACACAGUUAUUUGUGCAUGCUGCACUUUAGUCCUAUCUGAGAGACUUAAAGGAGACGCUGACCGGCCCCAGGGUUGGGGGCACACAUGUUAGCUCUCAUAAGAGACAUCAGUCAGCCCAGCCAGCCUGGUCUUCCUCCAGCCUCUAGCCAAGACUUUGACAGAUCCCUGCAGAGAAUGUUGGUUGCCCAGAAAAAGCUGUUGGCCGAGAUCCAGGGGACACUUAGCUCCAUCCCAGCUGGGAGAGGUAAAGCUGCCCGAAGAGGCACCUGGGAAGAGCUUAAGGGAGAGCAAACUCCUGGAGCUCCUAUGUAAGACUGGGGAGGGAGGCAGUGAGCCACCCCUGGAAGCCCAGGGUAGCUCUGGGCAACAGACGGAUGUGCCCAGGUGAGGAUGGACUUGCCCAAGUGUGGCUCAGCUCUGGGUGCUGGUGUGCGAGGGGCCCAGCCAGUCCCUUCCUGCUCUCGGAAGCCCAGUCAUGGUGUGCUAAUGAGAUAAAGGAUACUUUUCACUGAAAGGCUGUUCCUGACCUGUGUCCCAGUUCCUUCCCACUGCAUCUCACUUCAUGGAACCUGAAGUGGGGUCCGUGGAUCAGCACCGGCUCUCCAGAGAGCCUAACAAAAGUGCAGGGUUGCCGGCCGCUCUCCUUAGUCCUUCCUUUAGGAGUUUCUACAAGUCCCCAAAGUGACUUGCAAGCACACUGUUAAUGCAGGCUUGGGUGACUUACACAUGCUGCCCUGAGGCCAAGAGGUCCCUCUCCCAUCUCCACUAGUUUUUGUUUCAGAUAGGAGGUCUCUAAGUAGCCCUGGCUAUCCUGGAACUCUAUACAGACCAGGCUGGCCUCACAGAUAGUUAGCUGCCUGCUACUUAAAGACACCACAUCUAGCUUCCCUUCCAGUCCGCCUCAUUUUUUCCUUAAUUCAAACAUCUUGAUGAGGUAAUGCCUAAUCUAAUUCGAAACUUAAAAGUUCACAAACAUAUAAGCAUAAAGUUGAUGGUGAACAACUUUAAUCCCAGCACUUGGGAGGCAGAGGCAGGUGGAUCUCUGCUCUCAAGGUUAGCAGCUCCCUCACCUUUGGCUGUCUGGGGAUGUUACUGAGCCAUUCUGCUUUCUGAAAGUGAAAGUAAACUCAGCAUGCCACUUUUCUGUUCAGAAGAGGGUCAAAGAUCAUGGCUCUACAGAGGCCAUGCUGUGAUUAGGGACUCUAGUCCACAGCUCAGACACCCGGUUCCUCUUGAUUUUGAAGUGGCUUGGGGACAGUCAGACUUUUUCUUUUUUAAUAUCAGAAUGAAAAUGCCUUCUACUAGUUAUAAACUGGUAAACACCGAGUUCUGGCUAUGUGUCCUGCUCUUGUCAUGUGUUGCACUAAAUCUUGUAUUGGUGAACAGUAUGCAUGGCCCCUGUCCUCACAUGCUUCCCGUCUGGUGGGCAGUGAAUCUUAACUAUGAAGUGGUCACACUUGUCAUUAUGAACUAAAGAGGGUGCUUGCUAGGGGGUCUUAGAAAGACCAGGGGUCUUAUUACAGCCCCUCACAUGGCUGCCCACUCCGCCAGAGUUGCCAUGUACCCAACACUCAACUUCUUGCCUUCUGCAUAACCUUGAUAUAAGGCAGCUCAUCUUAUGGAGACCAGCUUAUAUUAAAAACAAAGUAAGGCCGGGCGGUGGUGGCACAUGCUUUUAGUCCCAAUACUCGGGAGGCAGAGGCAGGCGGAUUUCUGA